GUCUCCACAUCACUUUACUCAUAGAGUGUGGGAAAGUCUUCUAACAGAUUAUAGGCAUACAAAUUCUUUUCGAGGAAACGUAUAUCUACUUGUUGCUUUCAUCAAUUGAUCCAAAAUCUCAAUUUGAACGCGAUUGCAUUCAAUCCUAGCAUUCGGCUACUAAAUUAAAGGAAAUCCAGCGGAUAAAGAUGGCAACUGUUGUACUCGGUGCUCAAUGGGUGUGUGCAUUCUGCGAAGAUCUGCAGAGAAAAAACACUAAUGCGUAAGUCUAGGGCGACGAGGGAAAGGUAUGGCACAUUGGGUUGAGGAAAUUCCAUAUUCGGGAAUUCAACUGAGGGUGAACCAGGGAAAACUUGUCGAUGUUCUUUGCAGUGAGGAUUUAAGACUGUGCUGCCGUGCACAAGUAAGUCUACGAUAAAUUUUCUAGCAAAUACUCAAGCAAAUAUGUGACUAAUAUCUCAUGAAAUAGGGUGGAAACAAUGCAGGGUAAAUUGAUAGGACGAAAGAUGCCGGUGCCACCCUUUUACUAACGAUAUCAGGCAUACAAUUGUGGCGGAUGGAGUGACAUAGUGGGUCCCCCUCAAGAGCAUGUUAUCCUGGGGACUUGAUCGGAUUUGUUCUGGAUAGUUGACUGAAAGAUUUCGAACAGUGACUUUCACAUUUUACCUAGCGGUCUCCUCAAUAAAAAAUGUCAGAAUCUUGUAGGAAGUGGAUGCGUCGUCCACAUUCCCGGCCUUUUGAAAGAGCUUGCCGCGAUCGAGGACAAGAUUCCAGACGCCAGAGAGAGGCUGUCGAUCAGUGACAGAUGCCAGUGAGUUUUACGCUCUCGAGCAUGGUUGUGCAACUCUGACAAUAAAUCACAGUGUCGUUCUUGAUCUCCACCAGAAAUUGGACGGACUCGAAGAGGCUGAACUUGGUGGUGGUAAAAUUGGUACCACUGGUAAAGGUAAUAUAUACUUAGGCUUACAUUGAAAAUACCUUAUCCUGAUAAAUUCUAGGAAUUGGCCCUUGCUAUUCGACUAAAAUGGCCAGAAGUGGUGUCAGAAUCGCCGAUAUCUUCCGAGAGCGUUACUUCGAAGAGAAGGUUCGAAGCAUGGCCGCUGGUGCUAAGAAAAGAUUCGGGGACUUGUUGCAGUAUGAUGUCGAGGAAGAGCUUACUAGAUUCAAGGUAUUUCUGGCAACCCCUUCUUCACUACACCUUUGUUGACGUCUUCCCAGACUUACAGAGCUGAACUAGCGAGUAUGGUUGUUGACCAACUGCCCCUACUCGUCUCUGCACAGCAAUCGAACGCGCCUAUGCUUAUUGAGGGCGCAAAUGCUAUCAUGUUGGACAUUGAUGCCGGUACAUAUCCUUUCGUAACAAGUUCAAAUACAGGACUUGGUGGUGUGUUUACUGGUCUCAGCGGCUUGAACCCAUUUAAGGUCAAGAACGUUUACGGAGUAGUCAAAGCCUAUACUACACGUGUUGGUGGUGGUCCGUUCCCAACAGAAGAUCUGGGGGAGGUCGGUAACACAUUGCAAGAAGUCGGCAGAGAGUUUGGUGUGACAACUGGUCGUCGGAGAAGAUGCGGAUGGUUGGAUCUAGUGGUUGUCAAAUACUCGACGGCUAUCAACAAUUACACCGCUAUCAAUCUCACAAAACUCGAUAUUCUUGAUUCUUUCUCAGAAAUUAAGGUUGCCGUCGCAUAUCGUGAUCCUGCAACAGGCGAGAGACUAGAAUCAUUCCCCGCCGAUCUCGAAAGACUGGAGACACUGGAGCCAGAGUAUGUUACCCUGUCAGGCUGGAACAAGCCCACUACUGGUUGCCAUAAUUAUUACGAUCUUCCAGCUGCAUGUCGCAAAUACUGCGAGUUCAUUGAGAAGGAAGUUGGCAUUCCAAUUAAGUUCAUUGGAGUUGGUGAGUGCUUCUGUGAUUAUCUCCUAAAUAAUAAGAUCACUAAUCUAAAAGCUACAGGUCCAUCGAGAGAUGAUAUGAUCACGAAAUAGAUUAUCUAUCAUUUCCUCUGCCUUUCGCGACUACCCUUGUAUAUCCUUGAUGGUAAAAAAAGAUAGACCUUGGUAGCAAUAGAUAAACACUGCAAUUUUAGCUUCAUUUCAAAUUUUGUUCAUUUAUUCUGGUCUAGAUAUGUCCUAGUCAUUGCAAAGGCAUUACGUCCACUUCCAGCAGAAGAAGAAAACCGAAGAGCAUGUCAAAAGUUUUCCAUAUAAAGUUUUGUUCAAAAGCAGUCGUUAUUUUAGAUUAAAAGUGCACACAUGAUUGGCUC